AUGCCGUCCAUCCUCAGCGAAGAGGAUAAAGAAACCGUCCGCCGGGUAGUGCCGAAGCACACCAACAAGAUCCAUGCCGUUGCCGUCGCACGACUGUACAUAGCGUAUCCGAAUCGCGCAAAAUGGACCUAUACCGGCUUGCAAGGCGCCGUUGUGCUCUCCAACGACUUGGUGGGGAACACCUACUGGCUCAAGUUGGUCGACGUAUCUCCUGCUGGCCGAGGUGUGAUCUGGGACCAAGAGAUAUUUGAGAAUUGGGCCUACAACCAGGACCGCACCUUCUUCCAUACUUUCGAGCUCGAGGACUGCUUAGCUGGCCUAUCCUUUGUCGACGAAAAGGAGGCAAAACAAUUCAAGAAGAAGAUGGAUGAACGGGAGAAGGGUGCGUCCAAGGCCACAAGGAACACGCCGUUCGGCGGACCGCACCAGCAACAUGUCAAGACCAGCUUCUUUGGGAACAUGCUUUGGGGGCAUAGACACUCCUCGGCGCCCACGCCGCCCGACUCUCCACGAACCACGAUCGUACCCACCCAUUCGCAUGGGAGAUCCUCCUCGGGACACAGCAAUGGCGCCCGCAAGCCAGCAUCCAAGUUUGCCAAGCUGGAGGCCUACGAUAUCAACUGGCGGGCGAACUUUGGAGAUUUUCUGUCUGAGCAGGGGCUCACCGAUGAGUUCAUCAGAGAAAACCAAGAUUUUAUCGUCGAAUUUCUCAGAGAGCAGGGUACCGACAUGUCUGGCAACGGAAAGUCUGCGUCGACUCCCGCCCCCCCGCCGCCCCCGCCGCCGCCGUCCUCCAGUACUUCAUCUAUUAAUGGGACUAGCGGUCAUGGCCGAGCGCCUCCCCCGCCUCCCCCUCCUGCACCAGGCCGCUCGGAAAGCCUCUCUUCGUCUAGCUCCCGUCGCGGUGCUCCACCGCCCCCGCCUGCGCCGCGAAGAUCUGGUAAGAUAGAGCUUGUGUACCGAGAGCCAACGCCGCCACAGGAGCCGGCACCACCGCCGCGACCUCGUUUUAACGCCCCGCCUCCACUGCCGGAUGCUGGCAAAUACGCCCACGCCGAACGCGCACCUCGCGUUGCGCCAGCUGGGCCGCCGCCUCCCCCAAGACCGCCGAAGACGCCUCUCGAAGAGGUUGAGAAGCCUACACCCCAUAAAUUCAGCGUUCCUCCUGCAUUUACUGGCCAGAGGCUGAACAACAACGUGCCUCCACCGACACCGGCUAGGGGCCCCCCUCCCCCCGGGCCUUCCUUCGAGCCCUCCACCGAGCCUCCCUCCGAGCCUCCCUCCGAGCCUCCCUCCGAGCCUCCCUCCGAGCUUGCCGCCAAGCCUACCCCCGAGUCUCCCCCCGAAGGUGCCGAGCUCGAGCGCACCAUCACCUGCGCCUCCUCCACCUCCUUCUGCUCCUCGACACCAUCCCGCACCCCCCCCACGAAGUAUGCCUGCGCCACCGGUUCCGGCACCAAGUCCGCCAGCCCCGCCCCCCUUGCCUCAAUCGGCUGCACCACCGCCUCCUCCGCCGCCUCCGCCGAUGCCCUCACUCGGAACUGGACCGCCACCUCCACCACCUCCUCCGCCUAUGCCCUCGCUCGGAAUUGGCGCGCCACCUCCACCUGCUCCUCCUCCCCCUCCUCCCGGUAG